AUGAAUUUAGAACAAAAUCCUACUAAUUCUAAUAGUCAAGCAGAACUAGAUUCUAAAAAACAACAACUAAAAAUUUUAGAGACUAAACCUAAUAAAAACCCUCUAGAAAAGGUAUUGUUAGUUGAUAAAAAGAAAGAAUUAGCGGAAUUACUACACAAAAAGAAUAAUCAUCCUAAUUCUACUAUCCUAAUUCUACUAAUGUUAAACCCAAAAUCGCCGGAAGAAAAAGUUGAAGAAACAUUAAUAAUAUUGGAUGAAUUAAACUUUUUAACAAAAGAAUCAAAAUAA